AUUUUUAUUCUAACAAGUUAAUGUAUUACAAAAUUAUUUUAUCGAAGUUAACCCAAGAUAAAAGGAUUUAUUUCCUAAUUACCCAACAAAGCCAUUUAUCACAAAACUCGUCACCAAAAACAUUUUAGCAUUCAACCACUAAUGAUAAUGAACAACGGUUCUAUAAAACGAAGGUUGUGAUCAAAGUUCAUUUUGCACACAAACUUAACACCGACCAGUUUUUACUUUCAUCGGCGCUUGCAGUAGCUGUUCGAUUUUUUUCAAGUGUUUGAUUACAUUUUUAUAUUGUUUACUUUCGAUUUAAUAACGGUUUUUAUCUUUUCAACAAAGAUAAUGAGAGACGAUUAAAAAGAGAUUUAAGCCACCGAACCAUCGCCUUGACAGACUUAUUUUUGUUUUUGUGUUCGUCGCGUUGUGCGUGAUCUGUGUAUUUAGAAUGAAUAUUUCCCGGCUAAAAUUAAUUACUUUCGACGUAACGAACACGUUGUUAAAGUUACGUUCCAGUCCCGGCAAACAAUAUGGUGAAAUUGGCGCGAUUUACGGUGUAUUACGAGAUGAUAACAAGUUAGCGGAGAACUUUCGGAAACAAUGGCAAAAAAUGAACAGGGAGUAUCCAAAUUUUGGAUUAAGGUCGGGUUUACAUUGGUCGGAUUGGUGGAAACAAGUCGUUAAAGGAACGUUUGCGGAUACGUCCUAUUCCAUUGAAGAUAGCAAACUGGAUCAUAUUUCAACACAUCUUAUUGAUUUAUAUAAAACUUCUAUAUGUUGGCAACCGUGUUUUGGUGCUAAAGACUUGUUAAUUUAUUUAAGCAAAAAAGAAGGAUUAACAAUAGGAGUUAUUUCAAAUUUUGAUCCUCGGUGUAGUACAGCUUUAGAAAAUACCAAGUUGAGGGAGUAUUUAAAAUUUGUUUUGACAUCUUACGAAACUGGUUAUGAAAAACCUGAUCCUAGGAUUUUUGAAAAAGCGAUGGAAACGUCUGGAAUUCCCGACUUAAAACCUGAACAAUGUUUACAUAUUGGGGAUAGGGCGAUGAUUGAUUAUUCCGGGGCUAAAAGUGCUUAUUGGAACGCUAUUUUAGUCAAUGAUAAGCAUCCUGAAGAAAUUCGCCAAAAAUAUCCUUACGUCGAUUUAAAAUUAAUUUUUCAAAAUUUGUAUGAUUUACAUGUGUAUUUUAAAAAUAUGAAAUAAAUGUUAUUUACAA